UUCAUUUUAUUUCAUUUUAUUUCACUAUUGAAUUUAAUUGUAAUUGAUUCUUUCAUUUUUGUAGUCUUUCAAAACGAGUAAAGUAUAGGCACUAAAGUGUUAAGAUAUCAUCAUCGCCCAAAGUGACAGUUACUUUAAUUUAAAAAUGACUAAAGGUGUAUCAGUAUGAGUACUGUUUUAUGUUAGAACAAUCAGCAAUCGAUUUUAUUCAAAAAGCUGUUUAUUGAGCAUCAAUUUUGGACGGCGAUUGCAUCCAGAUGGUUUUUUCAAAUCUAAUUCAAUUUUUUCUGUACCUACCCAGAAUGUUUUUACUCCCCCCGUUGAGUCAAGGUACUAUUGACCAUUUACUUCAUAUGAUAACUGAAGAAAGAGAUAAAAAAUGGUAUUGAAUUCAGUUGUUGCGUCUCUUGAAACUUUAUCAAAAUCUCACUCUACACAAAUUGUUCAAAAUAUGAUACAUUAUAAAUUUCAAAAUUCGUUGAGUAUUGUUGAAUCUAAAAGUUCACUAUCUGCUAUGAAACAACUUUGUGAAAACCUCUAUGAUGAUUUUGAUGUGGAGCUUACAAAUAAUUUGGUUUAAUUUGCCACUAAUAAAAUGUUUAAAUCCUCACUCUCAGUUUCCAGCAUCAGAUAUGUUGAUCAUCUUAAGUCGAGGAAGAUCUGAUCAGUGAUUGGUGAGAUGUGUGCGUCUGUUAUUGAAUAUGAACCAUCAGUUAUAGAUGCAAGUAAACAAAAUUUGUCACCUAAAUUAGAAGAAAUAUACAAAAUUAUUAAUGAUGUUUGGUUAAUUUCCAAGGAUAUAAAGCUGAUUGAAAAUAUUCUUGGAGCAUUAAGCUCAAUUAUUAUGCUUAUGAGUACUGAAACAUUAAAUAGAGAUUGUAUAGUAAUUUUGACAACAAAUACUGAGCUUGUAUAAUAAAUGUUUAUCAAUUGGUAUGUCUUGAUAUUGGGUUUCACAGUACUUGGCAAGGUUUUAUCUGCCAUAUCAGAAAUUAUGCUAGAACCACUAAUAGAUAUAACAUGAAAUGGUUAUUUUAAUGUCAGAUUAUGAUAUUCCAAUGGCUAUUAAAAAUCAUUCCAAAGUUUUAGGAUGUUAUACUUAUUAAGGUAAACAUUUUGGUGACAAAAUACGUGAACUGAUAUUAAGAGAUCUUUGAUCUUAUUCAGAGCAAGGAAGAAUGGGUGCUUUAUUAAUACUAUAAAUGCUUCUAAUCAGAGUAUUAAAGUUAAAUCUUCAGAAAUUAUUCUAAUUUUGUAAGAUCUGCUGAAAAUCAAUAGCUCAUUUCAGAUGAAGAACUUAUUAGUAAAAACUAAAAGCUUUUAUAUGCUUUGCAUAUCAAGGACAUUUAACUGAAAAAGAUGAUUAUUUUAUUGAGUUUUUGAUUAAAAAUAUUUGUUAUUAUAUGCUAUCAAAUAUAUACAAGAUGACUCUUCAAGGAAAAACACUUUUAGCUCGUGCAUGUGCUGCUCAAACAAAGUUGACAUUUUUAAAGCUUGCUGGUCCACAAUUGGUACAGAAGUUUAUUGGUGAUGGAGCAAAAUUAAUACGAGGUGCAUUUGCUUUAGCUAAAGAAAAAGCUCCUGCAAUAAUAUUUAUUGAUGAAUUGGAUGCUAUUGGUACAAAACGUUUUAAUUCUCAAAAAGCCGGUAAUCGAGAAGUACAAAGAACGAUGUUGGAACUCCUUGAUCAAAUGAAUGGUUUUACUUCAACAGUUGAUAUAAAAGUGAUUGCAGCUACUAAUAGAGUAGAUAUUUUGGACCCAGAAUUGUUGAGGUCUGGUAGAUUAGAUAGAAAAAUUGAGUUCCCACACCCCAACCAAGAAGCUCGUGCACGUAUUAUGCAGAUUCAUUCAAGGAAAAUGACCAAAUUUGAUGUUAACUUUGAAGAACUUUCAAGAUCUACUGAUGAUUUUAAUGGGGCACAAUGCAAGGCUGUUUGUGUUGAAGCUGGUAUGAUUGCUUUGAGAAGAGGUGCAUCAACUGUUACUCAUGAAGAUUUCAUGGAUGCCAUAAUGGAAGUCCAAGCUAAAAAGAAAUCCAACUUAAGCUAUUAUGCUUAAAAAAUUAACAGAACAUAUUCAUUUAUAUCUUUGUAAUGGUUUUUUCAUCUACAAAUAAAUAAUUAAACUAUUUCUUCA